UUUAAUUUUAAUGGUUGAUGGAAAAAAUUCAUAUUGCUACAAAUAGUCCGAAUGAUUAUGAAUAAUGUAUAAGAAACACCGUAAUGGACGUGCUCUAUUCUUGUCGCUGCUGCUUGCGGCGGCCGCCGGACAAAGGCCUGACCACAGUGUACACACAUCUCGACAAAACAGAGAUAUAUUCCGAUAUGCUUAAAGAGUGCUUCAAUAUACAUCUAGUUCAAGUUAGUGAUAGUGGGAUCUGUGAGGUGUGUGUAGGGUGUCUUCGAGAAGCAAACAACUUCAAGCUGCAAGUGCAGCGCAGCCAGGCCGAGCUGCAGGAGGCUCUACGUGUUAAAAGUAAGUUCAUCAGCUUUGUAGUGUUGUCCAUGCUUUUUGCGCUGAGUAAUGGGAGUUUGGGGUCCGCUCGGCAACUAAGUAGAAGGGAUACUUUACCUUAA